UCUGCACCUGACGGAGGGAAGGGACAGCCUGGUGUGACUGGAGAGGAGAGAGGACAGGAGAGGAGAACAGGUGCUCUGCAGCAACAACCCAACUACUGGAGCUUUAAGGUCAGUGCUAGUCGUAGCCCGCGUCACUCCCAGUCCACCCAGUCUGGGCUAGCUGAGCAGGCUGCUAAACUGUCCUUUGCCUCGGCUGAGUCUCUGGCUGAGACCAUGUCUGAGGCUGACAUCCCCCUGGGGUUCAGCCGAACCAACCGCUUCCGCCAGAGUCUGCCCCUGUCCCGCUCAGCCAGCCAGAACAAGCUGCGCUCCCCAGGCGUGCUGUUCCUGCAGUUUGGGGAUGAGACUCGGCGGGUGCACAUCACCCACGAGCUGAGCAGCCUGGACACGCUGCAUGCCCUCAUCGUGCACAUGUUCCCCCAGAAGCUGACGGCGGGGAUGCUCAAGUCCUCCAACACGGCCAUCCUGAUCAAGGACGAGGCGCGCAAUGUCUUCUACGAGCUGGAGGACAUCCGGGACAUCCAGGACCGCAGCAUCAUCAAGAUCUACCGCAAGGAGCCCAUCUACGCCUCCUACCCCGCCACACACCUGGUCAACGGGGACCUGAGGAGGGAUCUGGUGUACACGUCCCGAGAGUCCUCCCCCACCCGCCGCCUCAACACCCUGCCAUCCUCCUCCGCCUCGCCCCCCUCCGGCUCCCCAGCCCGCUCCCGUCUGUCCUACAGUGGGGGUCGGCCUCCCUCCUUCGCCGGGCCGGGCAGUCACCCCCAGCUCCAACAACACUCCCAGCACCAGCAGCACCCCCAGCAGCACCAGCCCCAGCACUCCCACCACCCAGGAGCCGGCUCCCACCACGGGGGCCACAACGCAGGCUUGUCCUCGUCCCCUAGCGCCAUCCUGGAGCGCCGUGACGUCAAGCCCGACGAGGAGGUUUCUGGGAAGAACCUUAUGCUGGUAAAGGAGGGGCUGUACGCCGACCCCUACAGCCUUGUACACGAGGGCCGCCUCAGCAUCGCCUCCACACAGUCGCUGGCCACCAUCGGAGACCCCUUUGGCUUCCCCGUGUCCGGUGGGCUGUACCGCCGCGGCUCUGUGCGCUCCCUCAGCACCUACUCUGCUGCCGCCCUGCAGGGGGAGCUGGAGGACGCCCUGUACAAGCCUGGAGGUCCCCUCUACUCCGACUCCUAUUCCUCAGCCACACUGGGCAUGGGCUUCCGCAUGCCCCCCUCCUCCCCACAGAAGAUCCCUGAUAUGCAGCUGAGGGACAGGGGGGACUCGUACUCUAGCUCCCCCAGCCGAGCCUCCCCGGUCAGGCAGAACUUCCGCAAGGACUCAGCCUCCUCUUCCGUGUUUGUGGAGAGCCCCAAGUCCAGGCCCAGCUCCAGCUCUGACCCUCUGGUCCUGCAGGCCGGGCCGGGAGGGGACGGGAGCAGGUUUGCGCCCGGAUACAGCUCCCCACUCCAUGGAGAGACUUCUGAGUCCAGGGACCGUGCGGACCGUCUGGACCGUAUGGAGGCCAUGGAGAAACAGAUAGCCAGUCUGACAGGCCUCGUUCAGAGUGUACUGACCAAAGCACCCGACAGUGACAGCACAUGCGGCCUACUGCGUCUCUGCAUGAUGGCGGGCUGCCCUCCGGACCAGGGCUCGGAGUUCUCACGGCCCUUCCCUUUCUCUUCCAGCGAGAAGACCGAAUCCAACAGCGACGGCUCCGCCACUGGAACUGGGCGGCUGAAGCGGAAAGCUCUGACGCCGUCGGCCCCGCUGGCUCUGAUGCCCCCCCCUCCCUCCAGAGACAGCCAGGUCACCACCGUCACCCGGCUGCAGAUGCAGCUUCACCUCCACGACCUGCAGCAGAACGCCACCGACCUGCGCAAACAACUCUCCCAGCUCCGCAAGAUGCAGCUUCAGAACCAGGACAGUGUGAAGACGCUGCUGAAAAGAACGGAGAAGGAGCUGAAAGUGCGUGUGAGUGACGCUCUGAGGAAGCAGGAGGACCCUCUGCAGCGACAGCGCCUCCUGGUGGAAGAGGAGAGACUCAAGUACCUCAACGAGGAGGAGUUUAUCAUCCAGCAGCUCCAUGACCUGGAGAAGUCAGUGGAGGAUAUCCAGAAGGGUUCGUCUGUCAAUCACAAACUGGUGACGGUUCAGGAGCUGGAGGAGAAGGCCUCACUUCUGAGGAAACUAGGAGAGACACUCACAGAGCUCAAGAACCAGUUCCCCAGUCUGCAGAGUAAGAUGCGGGUGGUGUUGAGGGUGGAGGUGGAAGCCGUCAAGUUCCUGAAGGAGGAGCCACACAGACUGGACGCCCUGCUGAAACGCUGCAAGAGCGUCACUGACACACUGACCACUAUGCGCAGGCAAGUGAACGAGGGCGUGUGGAAGAAGCAGGAGGACUUCCCCAAGCACAGCAGUGAGGACUUCCGUAAGAGUUCUGACUUUGACAUGCCCACCAGCCCCCCUCUCAACCUCAGUGACCUGAGGGGCGGCAGCAGCCUGUCUAACUGGAGCCCCCACUCCAGCCACAGUCACGGUCAUGGACACAGCCACCCCUCCUCUGGCCCUCACAGGGACACUCAUCCCCCUGUGCCUCACAAGGGCCGGGCCCUGGAAGAACUGGCCAACCGCGCUGCUGCUGAUAAGGCUGUGUCUGUGGAGGUUCGACUGGCAGCAGAGAGGGACUGGGAGGAGAAGCGGGCCAGUCUGACCCAGUACAGUGCUCAAGACAUCAACCGUCUGCUGGAGGAGACCCAGGCUGAGCUGAUGAAGGCCAUCCCAGACCUGGACUUUGCCGCCAAGCAGAUCAACAAGCCCUCCUCCAACACACCCUCCCAGUCUCAGACCCCCCAGAGUGGGGGAGGGACCCCAGAUCACCGCCCUACCAAGCCCCAGCACGCCACACACAAGCUCUCGGGGAAGGAACCUGGCUCCAGACGUGGUUCUGAUGCAGAGCAGUUGACAGUGACUCGCUAUCGUACAGAGAAGCCCUCGAAGUCGCCCCCUCCCCCACCACCUCGACGCAGCUUCCCAUCAUCCCCGGCUGGACUGAUCACCCGCAGCGGAGAGACCCUUAUCCCCGGCAAGAGCAUGAAGGCGGAGGAGGCAGAAGCACAGAAGCCCCAUGUGAAGCUGCGACGGACAGUGUCUGAAAACCCACGUCCUGCGUCCACCCCUCCCACCAUCGCCUCUGGAGACAAGGAGGAGGGAGAGGAGGACAUGAUCGCUGCUGAACUGGAGCUGUUUCAGAGAGCCCCCCUCAGGCUCAGCCACCCCCCUCCCCUGUCCCUGCCCAGUGACCCCCGCAGCAGGACCAGCGUGCCCCCCUCCAGCCUCGACCUAUGGCCCCCAGGGGCCCUGUGCACCAAGCUGUCUAGAACAUCGUUGGACUGCUCUGGCCUACAGUGGAAGCAGGGCAGCUCAGAAUGCAUACUGGCAUCACACUCACAGGCACAGAGCACGGCCCUUCCUGGUCCGUCCUUCUCUCCUGUCCCCCGGAUUGUGCCGACAGAGUGCGUGUCAGUUUCACCCUCUCCCUCAGAAGGCUUUGUCAGAGACUUGACACAGGACCAUCAGAUGUCCCCAACAGUGGACCAGUCCCAGAGGAGCCAGACUGCUCCUCCCCAGACAGCCCCCAAGAUCCAGGAGGUCUCUAAGGGGAAGGAUCCCGUCAGCCAGCCCCAGAGGAAGCUCUCUCGGCGGAGGGAGCUGAGAAUCCUGGAGUCCUUUGAGAAGGAGGAAGAGAGGGAGGAGAGAGAAGAGCUGUCCUUGGUGCUGACUGAGCUGGGGGUGAUGGUGAUGUCACCCUCGGAGGCUCAGAAGCUCAGCAAGACCUGGGGAGAGGCUCUACAGACACUCACCAUCCCACCUCAGCCUUCAGAGGGAAGCACUGAAACCCGUCUGUGUGGGGCUCCACUACUGGUAUUCUUCAGGGAGAUUGUGACGGUCAGAGAGGCCUACAGGAAGCUGCAGUUACUGCUGGGCAGCGAGGAGGACACAAGGUCAUCCAAUGUGGUCCCCAAGCCUAGAGCAGGAUCUUCUUACAGCAGCCUGAGCAGCAGCCCCAGUACCCUGGGCUCCAGGAUAACUCUCUCCCCUGAGCAGCAGGACUCUCUGAGAGAGGUUCUGAGGAGAGGAGUGGAGACAGGGGCCAGGAACCUGACACUCCCUCACAGCAAUGGAAUAAAGUGCAUUCUUGCCACCCUUCCGGAGCCCAAUCAGGACUCUGCAGAAGCAGCAGUGAAACCCAAUGGGUCUGCAGGGUGUGAGGAGAGCCAGGCCAGGGAAGAACAGGGACCGAACCCCUGGAAGCAGGGAGAGGACAUUAGGAGCAGCACCUACAGGAGGCUGGACAGCCUGGAUGAAACCAUCCGCGAGCUGGAGAACACCCUGCUGGAGCUCAGUGGCCACCCCACCACAGUGCACCUCUCCCCCCCCACACCCCCCACUGACACUGCCUUGUCAGAGGCUCCAGACCCAGCCCAGAUGCCUGGCACCAGCACCCCAGAGACCAAGAAGCCCCCAGUCCCACCCAAGCCCAAACCCUCCUACACUCCUGCCACGUUGACCAAGGGAGGCAACAGCUCUUCAGCUGUGGGUAAAGUCCACUCCUCGGCUGCCUCCAGACUGAAGCACCUGCAGCAGAGCAGCACAGAGAAGACCAAAACUGGCAAGAGGGAAGACUUCCUCAAGGGCCAGCAGCAGUGAGUGAGGGACCAGCCUGUGCCCCGUGCCUGUCCUCUCCAGACUCCUCCUCAGCACCAACCACCUGACUACAGAGCUGCAUCUGACCCCCCAUCCCCUGCUACUCCUAGUCCAUACCCUUAAGCUCCCCUCCCCUCUGUUGGCUUAACAUGGGUAUUAGCCAUCUCUGACUCCUGUACCCUCUCAUGUCCUACAUUGAACCCACAAUGCACAAGAUAUCUACCACUCUCCCCUUGGUGUGUUUGUGUGUGUGUUCUGUAUGUUUGUGUGUGUGCAUGUCUGUGUGAAUGGAAGGGUGCUGUCAGGGACCACUACCAACUAAAGGACUGUACUCUGUUUUCGUUUCUCUUUUUCCCCCUGAAACAUUUACAAUUUUCCCCAAUUCUCCAUGUUCCUCCUCCUGUUCCUCCUGUUCCUGGUCUGUCCCUGGGUCUGACCCGUAGGCCCAUGGGAACAGCAGCAGCAGUAUUGAGCCCCUCCUGUCAGGCACCAAAGCUGACAGUUUCUCCGGCCGCCUGUCCUCCUCCAGUUCGGCCUCGACUGUGUUUGCCCCGGGUCUGAGGAAGUAUCCCCAGGAGGGGGCGCUGUCUUCCCUGACAGCCUCCUCCAGCCAGGCCAAAGGCCUGCUGGCCAGCCUGUCAGCCUCCAGCCUGUCAGCCUCCAGCCUGAGCGCCGAGGCCCUGCUCCUCUCCUCCACCUUCCGCCAACACCGCCUCCUCCGCGAGCAGCAGCGCGCCUCCUCCCUGCCCCUGCCCAACGGCCGCUCCUCCAACUCCCCCACCACCACCACCUCCUCUUCCUCCACCUCCCCCACCUCCACCACCUCCUCCUCGCCCUCCUCCCCGACCGCCCUGACCUCCCUCAACCUCUCCUCCGUGGGGCUCAAGCCCAGCGGCCGCAGCCUGCAGCACUCCGGCUCCAACAGCUACAAGGAUCGUGGCAGCAAGACCCUGCUCAAGCCUGUCUCCCCUAGCAACUCACAGUGAAGUACAAGAGGAUGGGAUGGGAGGAGGAGGAAGAGCAGGAGCACAAUCAAAGCACCAUCACAUGCCAAAAAUGAAGAGGAAAACAAGCACACUAGCCCUGCCCUCAAUGCCAAGAGUUAUAUGCAGCAACACAUAUCAGUGGGGAGUUCCCCAGAGUUGACUUUCUGAGUGUCACUUUGCUGCCCUUGGUCUCAGUCCAGCAGCCAGAAUCUUCACAUAUCUAUAAUUAUACAGUACAAGAGUUGAUGGUGGUUCCUCUCUGGCUCUCCCACUCAGUAGUACUAACUGUUCCCAAGACCCCCAGAGAACGAGCUCAAAGAUGGGCCUCGGCCUCCUUUCCCUCCCACUGCCUAGUCUGGUCUGGUCCGGUCUGAUCUGGUCUGGUCCGGUCUGAUCUGGUCUGGGUGGACAGAAAAACAGUGCCAGUACUUUAUGAACUCUCAGUUUGUCAUCACACCAUUUGCCAAAUCUUACUGGAUGGAACCUAAGUGGAGUAGAUGUGAUAUCUAGACUGUGACUUAUAUUAUACAGAGUAGUGUUGCAAUAAUCAACGAGUACAGUACAGUAGUCGUGUGUGUUCAGAGCUAUAGCAGUCGUAUUCCAGCACCUGGCACAAUGUGAAUCUGUAGAGAAAAACAAAGCUAAACCAAGGUGGUGGUUUCCAUUCUGAGACCGUUUUCUGUUUGUUAGUUUCUUUAUUUCAGACUUAUUGCAUCGCCUGUGUAGAAGUCGAAACUGGUGCUAUAGUUCUCCCUGUUUUGUAAAGAGUUUACAUGAAUGAAACGGCUCCCAUUCAAUGUGACUGUACAUUCCACUGUGUAUCUAAUGCUAAAUCCCUGGAGUGGCUUAAGGCUGCUUCUCUCCGGCAUCUGAUUCCGUUCUUACCCUCGUUCUCUAUGGCCCCACUAUUAACACAGCAGUUUGGCAAUGGAAGAAAAGGCCAGGGAGCUGCUUUUGUUGAGGUCCUCUGGUUUGAGAGUCUGCGCACAAUUGUAUCGCCCACAAUAGCACAUUAUAGGAACAGUAAUGUGAUGUUACAGUAGAUCAGUUAUUUAACGACUGAGCUGGUACAUGAAGAAGGGGGAAAAAAAGAAAAACACAAAUAUAUUUAAACAGUGAAAUUGAUCGUUGAGGACUGUAGAAUGUGUAGACAUGAAUGUUGUAUGACAAUCAGGACGUAUCCACAGCGGACGGGUUUUGCCUUGGACUGGCGUUCCCUACUGCAGUGAUUACACUCUUAACUCAACACACACGUGACCAGGCACCGGCAUACAGCAGUUAGAUGCACGCACGGUCUCCGACACGCCGGUGAGACGGAGAUCCACCAAACUGUUCAUGAAAAGCACAGCCUCCAGUUGUUUUAAGUCAGAACUGUUGACUAGAUUGCCCAUUUCUUGAUUUCAUGACUGUGGAACCACUGGUCAUGAAUUAACCCACACCGGUUUGAUAAUGCCGUCCUUUAGGUAGUAAUCAAUUUGAAUGGUUAAAAGGAACAGAAUGUUCGAGAGAGAGAAACGAGGGCCACUGUUGAAAGGACCAGAGUUGUGGACAAGCUAAUUAUUGUUUAGCUGAUUAUUUACAAGACAUGUUGCACAAUGACUUUCAUUUUGGCCUGUGUGUAUUUUCAAUAUUUGCUCUACAUAAAACACGCAAUGAGUUUAUCUGGACCUCCCCCGACACAGAAUCGGGCUUAGCCCACAGCUGUUGGUAAGGUUGCCACUGGAAAUGGCUGCUUUUGUUCUGUGAUAUAUGUUAUGGAGAAUAAUUUGGUUCAUGUACCGACGGCACCUUAAACCGGAGUGCUUAUUACGCAGAUCACUGGGUCCAUUCCUCACAGCUGACUUAAGAGCUUGGAAGUGUUAUAAGGAUAGAAACACACACUUUCAUCAAAGACGUGUCGAUGGUUUCCCUGCUGUUAAUCUUACGCCAGCAAACACUCUGGAGCUCUCUUUCUUCUGUGAUGCGUCACCAAGGCGACCUAGGGGGUUAGGGCCGUGUGUAGCCCUAGUUCAUUCUUCAAUUGUUCGGUAGACAAGUGCGUGAAAUAAAAAGAAAUUGUGGCAUUGAGAUGAAAACAAUUGCUUGUGAAAGAGGCCGGUGUCAAGUGCAGAGAGCUUGAGGUGGGGAGAUUGGUUUUCAUGUUUGAAGGCUAGUGUAAUAACAAAGUGCUUUAACUCUUAUCUACUGAGUUAAUUUGGUGUAAAAGGGCUGGUUAGACAGGUUUAUCUGGACGUCACUGUUUGACACCCUUUUGAGUUUAAGAAGGCUUUUAUUUUUUGCAACUUGCUUUCUGUGCUGUCCUUUGGGGGAGAUGUGUCUAUGAAUCAAAGCCUUCUUGGAAGAGGUUCCCUCUGGACCUGAUGUCUGACUGCCAUGGUGCUGUUCUAAUUGCACAAAAUGAUCGAUGUCGCAAUUUCCCCAUGAGAGCACAGAGUGGACCUAUCUGCUGGAACCCUCUGGAACUUUGGUUUCAUUGGAGACCCACCAAAGAUACUGUUCAUCAGUGGCUCCGACAACACAUUGCUGUAAAGAUCAGAACAAAGGGGUACAUAUUGGCACGUGCGCACACACACACACACACACACACACACACACACACACACACACACACACACACACACACACACACACACACAGCAUAGUGUGUCAGAAUGUGGCCGUGGCAUUGCAAUAAGCACACCCUCUGUUCUGUCAGCGAGACAACGGCAAGCUCACGGCACAGCAAGUUAAUUAAUCCUCACACUGGCUGCACUGUAGCAAUGCAGGCCUCUAGCCCUAGGUUCUAUAAAGUGAAGCCAAAUGAAACAUAUGUACUUACUCGUUCAGCUCCACACUCAAAUCCAUAACUCCCAGCACUGCUUUUGCGUCUGGCAGGGUGAUGGGGAGGAAGGGAGGGAGGUAUUCACACUUCGCUGCUUUUACACAGGAAAGUCCAAGAUGAGAACCCCAAGACUGCGUGACAGUGCUUUUUUGAGUCACCAUAGCACGAGUGUUAUUGGACAGUAGAUUUCAAUAUAGCUGAGUCUUGGAGGGGUUUAUUGGUAGUGGGGAUGAGGAAGGGAGGGUGGAGAGUGUGGAGACACUCGUAGUGAAAGCCCCUGGCAAUCAGAGAGAGAGUUCAUUGCAAACUUGAAAUGAAAAUGAAAAAAUAAUCAUAUGUAUAUGAAUAUAUCUUCGUGAAGAUGUUUGUGUAUGAUAUUAAUAUAAUUGUGAAGAAAGUAUGACACAUAGGUCUGGAUUAAAUUAUUAUAAUGUACAAUUUAAAUCAUCCUCUUUUGGGGAUUUAUAUGAGUAGGCAUUUUGUACAGACUUUCCUUUUCAAUUCUUCGAGAGAGAUAAUGUAUUUCACAUUAGCAAAUUAUUUAUUCAUAAGCAGAACAUUUUUAUAUUGAUUUGAAAAUAUUUAUCUCUAUAGAAGACAGGACAGGUAUGUAAUAUACAGUGGAGCUCAUUUUUAAUUAUUCUGGGAUCUUUUUAUUAGCACUAUUUUUAACAGUUAGUCAGUGAGUUUCCUCUUUUGUUGGCCUGCUGGCCCAUACUACUGGUAUGUUUAGGGAGAGGUUGCCCCUGAGUCUGCUUCCAGGCCUCCACUAGCUAACAUUCAUUUUGAGGUAAGGGGAGCUGUUUCUAGACCUGUUCUUAGAGGCGUGCCUUUUCUUUGGAACUUCUGUUGGUUUACUUAGUCCUCUUCUAGUCUCUGUCCUAGUCUUUGUAUUACAUAGCGCUCCUAAUGCCUGACUGAUGUGUACUUCACCCAUGGCUGAUUCCAGUGAUGUUAGAGAGAAGUCUGGUGGGAAUCAGCGAGAGAGAGAGAGAUGAGAGACAACACUGUGAAGUGGGCAUUUCUAUGAUGAUGCAACAUGACCUUGCUGCUCUGAUUGGUUGUAUUGAUCUACCGUGAAAGGACUGUUCACAAGAGAGGGGUUGUCUGUUCCUCCUGAAGGCAUCCCACUAAAAUGAAUAGCCCAUACUAGAAACUCCUCUACUGGUGGUACGAUAGGAUGGUAAUUACAUCUGUAUGGCCCAGAGUUAUUAACGGAGAAGGAUCUCAGCAUUGAACAAGUCAAUGACAAACCAAGAGCCCGUAACGCGGAUCGAUAUGGAGCGUUAGCUUUUUCUUCGUCAUCAUAAUCUUUGUCUAUUGAGACGUGUUUGGUUCUGUUUUUAAUAAAUGAAAGAGACAUAUGUGCAUUAUUUGACCUGCUGUCUGUGGUGUGUACAGUACUGUAUGAGGUUCUGACAUGAAUGUGUGGAUGUUCCAAAAUCUUGGCAUCGAGAAGAUAACAAGACAAAACGAUUAUGUAAAUAGACGGAGUAAUUCCUAGAAAGUGCAACAAAAUAUUAUGUCCAAAAUAAUGAUUUAUUAAUUCAAAGAUGGACACAAAGGUAUAUUAUAAAACAAUGCAUGAAAUAUUGUCAAGCAAUCGCACGGUGCAGUUGUUGUCUACAUGUUUUCUUAAAAAACAGAGCGAGAUGGAAGUGGUACAACUCUUUUUCUAAGGUUUACAACAGUAGAGAGCCAGACCUUUUUUUACUUUGGAUCUUUCUGUGACACAGGCAUGUUCAGUCUUACUGUGUUCAGUGAUGCAACGGUGAUGAUGGCUAAGAGUGAGGAGUGUUCCCAACCAUCCAGAACGAUCCGGAACGCUUCAACGCACCUUCACCAGAAAACACCACCAAUUUUGAUCUCCCACUUGUAGAGUAGUGUGACAUAAUGAACAAUACAACAACAAAAAAUAGAUCUAUAUAAAUAUAAAUACCUACUGAUACUGGACAUUCUCAUUUAUCAGUGUGGAUGCCAUGAUAUUCUGUGAGAAAUGUGUUGGUUUUUUUUCCUUUCUGUGAGAAGACCGGCAGUUGAACCUGCUUCCUUUUGUACAUACUUGCUGUGGUUGUGUGUCUAAUAAAGUGCAGCUCUCUUGUA